AUGCCGCUCCUCAACAAGAGCGAGAAGGACUGCAAGUUCAGCCACUCGGGUAAGGCAGCUCAGAAGGUCAUUGCAGCGGUCUAUGCUGGCGCGGCCGCAGCUAAGGCGCCGCCGCCAAGCCUCGGCAGCGCGGGCUCCCCCGGCAGCGGCCAGGGAGCAGCGCCUGCGGCCGAGGAGGCGGCGCGGCCCGCAGCCUCUGGCGCGGCGCCGAAGGUGCAAGCUGCGGCGGGGGGCGAGCUCGAAUGGGUGCGACCCUGUGGCGGCGUCUUCGGCCCGAGCUACGACCUCCCGCAGGUGAACGUCGUCAGGGGCUCGCCUUCGCCCGAAGGAGCUCUGAAGGACCUGGGCCAGAUCCCCGCCAGCGCCUGGGCGCAGGUGCAGGAGCCCGACGACGGGUACCACUACUUGUGCCACACGCAUGUCUACGGCCUCAGCAUCAGGACGCUCCUUGAUGGCGGGGCUGUGUUCUCCCUGACGUGGGAGGCGACGAUCGUCAGCAUCAUCAACAGCGCGAUCGCGGAGGGCAAGUCUCCUGAGGACCCCGACUGGCCGAUCGCGGGCCUGAUGCACUGGGGCCGGGACUCGAAGGCCUCGUCGGUGGCGGACAAGGGCGACCUGAAGAUUCGUGGCAUGGUGGACCUGCGCCUGGCCUUCGAGGGGCUGGAUGGUACGCGAGUGGUGCGUGUGUUCCGCCUUCGGCUUCUGCGCGGGGGUUGGGACAGGCCGUUUCUUAUCAUUCUUGGGGCCCCAGCGCUCGAUGCACCCCCUCUGGGGAUCGGGCACCGGCCUACGCUACAGGGCCACUACUUGCCGGGGCUGGGAAUCACGGUCAAGCGUGCGGAGGCCGACGCGGUGCAAGCGAAGCUGUUGACCAUCUCGGCGGUGUUCUCAGAGUGCGAUGCCGAUAGGCGUCGAGGUGAGGAUCGUCGGGCUGCCAGUGCUGUAGGAUCCUUGGUGUGGUCCGGCGCGGCCUGCCCGAGCUACCCCAUCUGCAUGGUCGGCGGCCAGUGCCCCGCGGAGUUCGGCGGCGGCGACGCAGGCGUGAUCGUGCUCGACGACUCGGAGUCCGCCGUCCCCAUCUACCUGAGCGGCGAGGAGGGCGUGCGGCUGGAGCUCGGCGACUGCGCUCUGGUGCCAGCCCGCGCUAGCGGCUUCGCAGCGGGUGUCGUCGGCGACGUGGUGGCGAAUGGCGCGGCGGCCGUCUGGGCCGCCCCCGGCCCUUGGCUCGGCCGGGAGCAGCUCGUCCUGGUCGGCAACUGGGACCAGCCCGGCGUUAGCAUCGAGGUCGGCGACAUCGUGGGCGCCGUGAUUCAGACCGACGGCGAGCCGGCCGGCGACGACCCGUCAGUGGCGCACGUGUGGCAGGAUUGGGACGAGCUGCGGGACAUCGUUGAGCUGGAGGUGCCGACGGACGAGUACUACGCCGAGCGUCUGGUCUACUGGCAGCGGAAGUACCCGAAGGCGGCCACCACCCUCCUCGAGCAUCUCUUGGCGGUCGAGGGCCUGCUGGACGUGUGCAUCGCGGCCGGGUACUCCAUGGGUGCCGAGAAGUCCCUCGACAGGCUGGCUCAGCCCUCCAUCGAGGCGCUCGGCGAGAUCGUGGGCCGCGAGGGCAGCGAGGCGUGCGAGCGGCAUCUGGAGCUUAUCAAGAACUGGUCGGUGCUCGAGGACGUGGCAGCGCUGCGGCGGUUCCUCGGCACGUUCAACUGGAUCCGCGGCCACUUCCCCAAGGAGGUGCAGAAGCCGCUGGGGAUCCUCACGCAGCAGCUCAAGAAGGACGCCGAGUGGCCGAUGACCUCCGAGAAGGUUGCGGCCCAGCGCGCCAUCCAGCAGCUCGCGUGCGAGGCCAUCCGCCUCGCGGUGAUCGACAUGGUCGGGGCGAUCUCGAAGGACCGCCCGCUCGAGCAGGUCGCGGAUUUUUGCCCCUACGGUUGGGGUGGCAGCGUGUAUCAGCUGGCCGCCGACCGCCGCGCGCUCAACGUGCUGGCGAUGUACGGCGGCUGCCUCAGCUUGGCGCAGAGCAAUUGGCACCCCCGCCGGGGUGAGCUGUAUGCGCAGCGCGAGACCAGGCGGGAGGCACGUAAGGAUUUCGGUCGGCUGCCCGCCCUGCGCUGGACGGACCACGCGGCAGCGGUGAAGGACGCUACGGGCGAGGCCGAGACGGACUCCACCGUCAUCCGCUGGGUUGGCGAGAUCGAGAGCGACGGCAGCAGGCUGAUGAAUCUCUCGGGGCGGAGCGCGGCCCUUGGUGAUGGCCCCUCCCGAGAGAACGAGGCCCACGGCAAGUUCCUGCGCGAGCAGGCUCACUCCCUGGCGAACAUCACGAUCGAGGACAUCAUCGGCGAUGACUACCGUCCGGGGGAGGGGGUCCCGUGGGGCCUUGACGAGACCCCCGACGCGGCCGCCUUGCAGCUGGUGGCCGUGGCCGGGGCGGAGCGCGAGAAGGGCGACUCCAUCGCGCUGUACCUGCCGGACUACGGAUGCGAGAGGCGGCGGAGCGCAGAGCAGGCGCGGGCAGCUCGACAGCUGCAGCUGGCGGCGCCAGGCCUGCGGCUUCGCAUGAUCCCGCACGACCCUCCGCUGGCAGACGGUGCCGGCGGCCUGUGCUACAUCGCGCCUCCUCGCUUCCCAGGUGAUGCGAGUGGCAAGGCGCGGAAGCAGCUUCGCAAUGACGUGCUGACCGCAGUGGCCGCCGUCUUGCGAGAGUGUGCCGCGCGGUGGCCCAAGGUCGUCAUCGGGACGGGCCACGGCGGGCUGGUGGCGGCUGCAGCGGCCCACCCCAGAGUGGUGGAGGCCGCUCUCGCGCUGCGGUACGCGAGAGAGGCGGAGGGCAUGCAGGUCGCGGAGGCGUGGGUGAACAUCAGGGCGUUCGUGGCGAUCGGGCCGCGCGCCCACAGCCCGAGCAGGAUCGGCUUUGUGCGAGAGGCGUUUCCGGAGUUCGGAGCGGCCGCCCACGGCGACGAGCGCCCGGCCCCCCUCUAUUUGGUGGAGGGCGCCGGGGCGCACCGCCGUUUCGGGCAGGACCUCGGCGAGGCGCUGGGCGUGAAGGUGUCGGCCACGCUGGGCGAGGUCCUCAUGCAGGAGGUGGUCUCUGCCCCCCCGCGGCUGCUGGAGUUUAGCGGCGGCCGCUGCGCGUGCGGGCGGAGUUCGCUGGUGCUGGCGCGGUGCGGCCAGUGCAUCAGGGCCGACCGCGAGCUCGAGGAGGAGGCGCGGCUGGCUGAGGGGCCCGAGCCGGGCGUGGAGGUGGCGCUGGCGCAGCCGUGCGUGGAAUUCGGGCUGGAGCUCGUCACGGAGAUCGACGUGGAGCUGCUGCAGGCGGGCUUGCCGAAGGGCGCCGAGCUGGUCCAGCUCUUCGCCUGCGCCUGGCUGCUGUGGGAGGGCGGCGCGCGCCUCCCCGCGCUGGGCGCUACUCACGUGCAUCGGCACUGCAGGGGGUCGGCCGUCAGCAACGGUGCGAUCAUCAAGGUGUCCUCCUACUCCUCCGCCUACUCCGAGGUCUUCGCGGGCGCCCUGGGGCUAUCAUGGUACCAGGCCCUCCGCGAUCGCUUCGGCGGGCGGGCAUCAGGAGCCUUCGUCGAGUUCGCGGACUCCGACUUCGCGCGCGGCGAGCGGGAGGCCUUCGAGGUGCCGGACGUCCUCGGGGCGAUCACCAGCAUGCGGGCGCCGGCGUCUGAGCAGGCAUGCUCCGUCGGGCGCGUGGCAUGCGCCCCGGAGCGCGGCACUGCAGCCUUCGACGCGGAGGUGGCGGACGGGCGCAAGCUGGAGGACGCCGACAUCGCCAUCAGGGAGGAGUACGCCGCGAAGGUGCGGGGCUGUGAGCCUGAGGCGGGGAGCGAGCCGUUCGAGCUGUCCAAGUCGCUUCGUGCCCACAUCAUCGGGGACCAGUGGAAGGACGAGGAGCUCGGGGCCGUCUGCAUGCAGCUCCGCGCCGAGUCUGGCGCCGGCGACACCCCCGAGGCGCAGCGUCUCGGGGAAGACUUCGCGCUCGAGCAGUUCGUGACGGUGGGCCCAGGGGAGCAGCGCUGGCUGCUUGUCCUCCCUGCGUCUGGCGGCCCGGGCUCGGGUAUAUCGUGGAGGCGCUUCAUCUUCCUCCACGUUCACGCUGGUCCGUCUGGGGGUCACAAGACGGUGGUCGCCACUCGUGAGUGCGCCCGGCGGCUGGUGGUUUGGCCGGGGCUCGCGGCGGACAUCGAGAAGUGGUGCGCUAGCUGCUGGGCCUGCCUCCGAUUCAGGAAGCAGACUACGAAGGUGCAGGCCAGCUUCAUCGUGGCACGGCACCGGCUUCCGUUUCAUCAUGUGGUCAUCGACGUGGAGGGCCGCAUCACUCCCCCCGACGUCGACGGGUACGCGUACGUGCUGACCUACAUCUGCGUGACGACGGGGGCCCCCCUGCUCGAGCCGCUCAAGCACCUGCAGCACUCCGAGGUCCGGCGCGCCUUCUUUCGGUGCGCGACUCGGGCCAAGACCUGGCCGAUGCUGGUGAGUUCGGAUCGUGGCAAGGAGUUCUGCAACGCUCUCAUGGAGGAGCUCUGGGCACUCCUCAACUUCGCAGGCCGCUUCGGCACGUCGUGGAGGCCCUGCGAGCAGGCGGGCGCGGAGCGGUCCCACAUCGAGUGUGCGAGGGAGAUCGGCAUCUUCCUGCACGACGUUUUUAAGUGUGCCCCCGGCCAGUGGGCCGAGCUGCUGCCGAUCGUCGAGUUCGUGUUGUGGAACUCGCCCGGCAAGUCGGCGCUGUCGCCGAGGGACCUUUGCAUGGGUUGGUCGUUGGCUUCGCCGCUGGAGAGGGAGCUGCUGCCGCCGGAGCCCCCCGUUCGCGAGGCAGUCUCCGACGUCGCGGCAGCGCAGUUCGAGCAGUUCAGGCGUUUGCGGGAAGUUUAUCUUCAGCAUCGGGCUCGAGCCGGCCGACGCAGAGCGGAGCUGGCUAAUCGCACGAGAUCGUCGAGGCGCCCGGAGGUCGGGGACAUGGUUUUGUUCAAGGGCCCGAAGCUCUCCAAGGCCGUGGCCGGGCACGCUCCAGGCCGCCGGCCCCUGCGCGGCCCCUUCGAGGUCCUCUCCACGAAGGGCAACGUGGCCACGUUGCGGGACCCCGAGACCCAGCAGGUGCUCAAGGACAUCCACGGGGAUUUCUUGGUCGGCGUCCCGGGCCUGGUUGACGACACGGAGCGCAUCGUGAAGUUGGAGGGGGACGACGGCCGUGGCAGGGCCUCUGCCGGACAGCUUCUGGCAGCGCGGCUGGCCCCUGGAGGCGGCGAGGUCGCCGAGGCGCUGGCGCCGCGCGUGAAGGCGCGGAUGCGAGAGGUGAAGGUCGGGCGGCUCGUCGCUUACCAGGGCGAGGAGGCGAAGCGCUGCCGGGUGGGCAAGGUGCUGAGCCUGGCCGAGGACCUGAGCAGCGUGACGGUGCACGUGUACCAGGCGGCGGUCGACGGACGGCUGCAGGUGGUCUGGACAGCGGCGUACGACCGCCAGGAGGGCGCGGACUUCCAGCGGCAGAGAGUCGAGACGCUGGAGGCGAAGCGGGUGCUGGGUGUCGUGGAGCUCAACAAGGGCGUGCUGAACCUCUCGGCGGCGAGCAGACUGGCGCGGGCCGGCUGGCGGCUGGACGAGGGGACCGUUCGGCACGGCGCCUUGGCGGCGGCGGCAGUGGUGCCGGCCGCGCCACGGCUCUCCGACCACCCCUCGAGCCGCGUCAUCGCGCUCGUCGCGGCUUGCCGUCCGCUCGAGGAGCUCGAUCUGAAGAUCGGCGAGGUCCAGGCGUGGGCGCACGGCGUUCCCCUCUUCGUGGAGAUCUUCGAUGGGGUCGGGAGGCUUUCGCAGGCGGUCCAGAGCUUAGGCGCAGCCAACGCGGUGUGCAGCGUGGUGGCCGGCAUCGAUCUCAAGCGCAGGACGUACGGGCAGCACUGGGACCUCAGCAGGGCUAAGGACCGUGCCCGGCUUCGCUACCUGCUCUUCGAGGUGCUGAGGCCGGCAGGAGCCCACUGGGCGCUCCCCUGUGCGAAGUGGAGCAGCCUCGGUGGCCACCAGCCCGACGCCAACGCGCACGCGCUGGCCUCCUUCACCAUGGGCGGCCUCGAGCACCUCGACGGCGCGGGCUGCCUGGCCUCCUUCGAAGGCCCUCGAGCGCACGCGCUGGUGGCAAGCGUGGAGUGGCAGCAGCGGUUCGGGUCAGCCGAAGCGCCGCGCGGGCGCUGGCGAUACGUGCUCCCCGACGGCUGCAUGUUCCACUGCAGGAGCCCGGACGAGGAGCCCCUGGCCAUGCAGAAGCCGUACGUCAUCGUGGGCAACUUCCCGCUGGACUUGCUGGACGUCCAGUGCCGCCGUGGAGCGUUGCGGCCGCUAGGGCGCGGCCUCGAAGGCGUCGAGGUCGCCUCCGCGGAGCGGGGCGGCGACGCCGGGAGCUCCAUGAUCGGAGCCGCGCGGGCGCUGGAGGGGCCUCGCAUGCCCUGCGAGCCGGGACGCGCGGCCGCUCCGGCUGCUGGGGUGACGAGGUCGGUGGACAAGUUGAGCGACGCUGAGAUGGCGGAGAAGAAGGCGCGGCGGGAGCCGGCGGCGGCGGCGGCGAAGAAGAAGUGGGCCGAGCUGGCCAAGAAGGGUGACUGGGACCAGGUGCGGAUGCCCGGCAAGUGCUUCAGGUUUGCCGAGGUGAAGGUUUCGCCGAGGCGCUCUGCAGAGUACAAGGCCAAGGUUCUGGAGGCGGUCGGGCUCGUCGGCGAGUGCGCGGGCUACAAGCACCUGGGCAGCCAGGAGCUGGAGGCGCUGAAGGAGAUGAUCAGCCUGAAGGCCGAGGCGUUCUGGGUGAAGGGCACCGCGCGGACGGUCAUGCGCGGCUUCAAGCACGACGUGGUGACGACCGGCUUGCCUGUGCGUGGGCCGCCGAUCCGUCUUAAGGGCCCGGAGGCUUCCAUCGUCCGCGAGGAGCUCGAGGCGGGCGUGGAGCAAGGGCUGUACUCCAGGGGGACCUCGCCCUGGGGCAGCUGGGCCUUUCCGACCAAGGAGCACGCGAGCGGCCGGAGGCGUCGGACCGUCGUGGACUACCGCAUGGUCAACCGCAGGAUGGUGAUGUUCGUGUACUACAUCCGCCGGUGCCGAGACGUCAAGGGCGAGCUGGUGGGCUGCGCCUUCAUCUCUGGCAUGGACGGCGCUCGCGGCUUCAACCUCCUGGUCAACACUGAGCACGCGAAGGAGGUCCUGGCUGUGCUGGCGGACUGCGGCUGCUACCUCCCUGAGGUGCUGCAGCUGGGGCCAGCGACGGGGCCCUUCGACUUCCAGUUCUGUACCGACGAGCUGUUCACUGGCACCGGCCGCGGGCGCUACGGCUCGGUUUGGAAGAACUACAUCGACGACUUCUGGGUCAGGACGGGGCAGUGGCUGAACGGUCGCGCCUACACCGACCGAGAGUACGAGGAGAUGCUGGCGGCCAGCCAGAGCUACGACCACGCCAAGGGCGUGCUCGUGGGGCUGUGCGUGGCGCAGUCGGCCACGGGAGCGGCGGCUAUGGAGGGCGGCGGCGUUGCCUUGGCGAACGGCCUCCGCAUGCUGGUGGUGGCUGCCGCGGUGCGCACGGCGUCCUUGGUGGAUGAAGGGCUGCGCGCGGGCGUGCAGCUGCCUCAGGACAUUUUCGAGGCGGCUGGCGACCUGGUCCAGAGCGUCUCCUGGAACCUCAGCGGGCUCAUCCACGAGGUGUGCGAGGGGGCGGUCCUGGUGGUGCGCGUCCUGGUCGUCGUGCAGUGCUGCUACGCUCUCUACUGCCUGCGCUCGUGGGUGGCUUGCCGUUCGCAGCGGGCGGCGCUGGAGCGGGCUGCCACCGCCGGCGAGGCGGCUCAGCGCGGACUCACGUCCAGCGCGCGAGCCUGCGAGGCCGGCGACGGGCCCGCCUUCGGCCGCGAGCCGAUGGCCAGGGCGGCAGCCGCUGGGAGGAGCCCGAGCGGGGCCCUCUCAUCAGCAGAUGGCGCCGCCAGCCCUGUGGUGGCGCUGUGGCGCGAGGCGGAGUUCGAGACGCCCCUGCUCGGAGCGGCGGCACGCCCCCGAGCGGAGGUCCUCCAGAUCCAGCGGAGCGCGGCGGUGGCGCUGCGGGACCUGGAGCACUCGGCUGCGCGCAGCUCAGCAGUGAAGGACGCGGGCGACCUGUGCGAGUUCGAGGUUGAGGUAGCCGGCAGCCGCGGCGUGCGGUACGAUGUGCGGCUUCGCGCUGGACGCUUGGCCGCAGCGUUGCUCCCCGCAUCGUGCACCUGUGCGGACUUCGUCGGCGGCGUCGGCAGCCCCUGCAAGCACAUCGGGGCGGCCUGGUGCUGCGCGGUGGACGGCAACUUCAGCGAGCUGGUGGAGCUGGCGCUCGCGGCUGGCCGCAAGGAGGGAGCUGCCGCUGGACUUCAGCGACGCGCAGCCCUGGCGCCGAGCGACUCCCUUGGCCUCGCGGGGGCCGUGCGGGAGCUCCGCGACUCGGAGGCCGAGGUCGUGCGCCUGCGCGAGGAGGUCCAGCAGCUGAAGGCGCAGCUGGGGGCGACCGCCAGGCGCGGAGCCGUGACCGAGUUCCUCUCGGCGUCGGAGACGCUGGCGGCUUGGGCGCGGGCUUGCGGUGAGGCCGAGAGCUAUGUGUACGUGGCGUGCUUCACCUUCGACCAGCCGGGCGUGGUGAACUACCUGGAGGCGGCUCGAGCUCGAGGCCUCGCAAUUCGUUUGGUGUUCAGCGGCCGUGACAAGGCCCUGACCAACAACCAGGGGCCGCGCCUGCAGCGGCUCCGAGCCUGUGGGUGCGAGGUGCGCGCUCACAAGGGCUCGCGGCUGCACGCCAAGGUGAUGAUGACAGAGCGUGAGAUUGUGCUGGGCAGCUGCAACUUCACGACUGCCAGCUUGGGCAACGUGGAGCGCGGGGCCAGCCUGCAGGAGCUGUCCGAGGAGACGGUGCUCGAGCAGAAGGAGUGGUUCGAGCAGCUGUUCGAGGCGGCGGCGCCCUUCAAGGACGGGAUCGGCGAGGCCGGCUGGGCGCGAGGCCUAGCGGCCGUGGCGCUGAGGCGCGGGGCGCUGGAGGCCGGCUGGGCGCGAGGCCUAGCGGCCGUGGCGCUGGGGCGCGAGGCGCUGGAGGCCGGCUGGGCGCGAGGCCUAGCGGCCGUGGCGCCGGGGUGCGAGGCGCUGGAGGCCCGCCGGGCGAGAGGCCUAGCGGCCGCGGCGCCGAGGCGUGAUGCGCUGGAGGCCCGCCGGGCGAGAGGCCUAGCGGCCGCGGCGCGAGGCGCUGGAGGCCAUCUGGGCGAGAGGCCCAGCGGCCUUGGCGCCGAGAUGGCAGGAGCGCGGCAUUUUGCUGCGCCGUCGACGCCCGGCAGCGCCGGGAGCUAUGAGCGACUGCAUGGCGCCGAGUUCGGCGACUUCAAGGAAUUCAUCGACUUCAAUUUUGUGGAGCGGCACGUCGCGGAGGAC